GAUUUUUCGGUUUUCCUUUUUGUUUUUUUUGUUACUUGACACUUGUUAGUUGUUAGUACCUAUUUUUUUAUUACCAAGUUCAAAGUCACGAAGUUACGAGUUACGACCGAAAGUUGUAGUUGUAGUUGUUGAAUAACCAAACUUCUGAAGUAUCAGAAUGGAUAAUAAGGCUGCACACCAACCAAUGGUCACUAACGAACCUCAAAAUGAAGUUCAAGCUUCCAACAUUCACCCAUUGUCUGAUCACAUGAAUAUAAGUGUAGCGUUUAAGGAAAUAGUAUCCAAGGAUCCACCUAGGUAUACAAAAUUUCUUGAAGCUAUCAAUAAGACAUUUGAAGAAAUUAGCGAUUGCAUUGGUCCAGAAGAGUUUAAAAACAUAAUGGGCGAUAUAUCAUUUUUAAAAAGUAAAAGGAAUGUAACAAAUUUGCUGUCUACAUUAAAAACGCAGAUCAGGAAUCUGAUGAGCAAGCAUUUUGAACAAAUUAUUGAGGAAGAAAAUCUGUCUGAACUAUUUACCAAAAAAAAUGCAUUAAAUGAAGAAGAAGCAAAAAAAUAUUACAUUAAUAAUGAAUCCAUGGAAAUCAUAGAAUUAGAAGAGACUAUACGUAAUCUUGAUGUACAAAUUUCUGAUUUGGAAGAAACUAAUGAAGUUUUGUUCAAUCAAGGAAAGUUCAAUAAACAGCGGUUUGAUCAAGUAUCGGAGAGGAUAACAAUGUUAAUAGAAGAAUGUGAAACUAAAUACGAUAACAUUUUACAACAAAUAGACUUAAUAAGAAAAGAUUUCACCAACAUACUGAAAGAUCCUUGAACAUUGGAUUGAAUUUAUUUUUAAUUUAUGAGUAACACUAACCAUUAAGAAAUGUCAAUUAUACUUUUAUAUUUAAUACUUUCGUUUAUUGUGAUUAAAAUAUAGGUGGUUAGAAUAAGGCGUUUACUACAAGAUCUAAAAUAACUACUGUAAUGGGUUAGAUGAUAUCUAGAGCCUAUAAUUUAUCUCCGACCCUAGCGUUACAUACGUGUACCAGUCUUGUGAUGUUAGCCUUUACAUUAGUGUGAA